AUGGUUAGGAGCAGACACAAAGCAUAUGCUUUUCAUGAUGUUAACACAGGAACACUUGUGCCAUCUGAAGGAGCUGUUAGCUCACAAGACUCUCGUCCAUCAAUUGAAAUAGAGAUUGAUUCUUUAGGGCGAAGGCGACUAGAACUUCGUAAUGGAAAGUUAUCGGAUGGUUCUAGGUGUGCUCGUGUGAUCACAAAUACUUUUAAGCAGCGUAUUGACUCUAAUGGUGUCAACUGGAAGGCUAUAUCAAAAAAAUAUUUUUGGGAUUCUUCUAAUGAAGCAGUGAUAAAGGAUGCUUGGAGAAUAAAGGCAGCCAAACGCUAUAAGGACAUGAUGACAGAUUUGAAAAAUUCUAGGAAAAAGCCCUCAUAUAUUUCUGAAGAAACUUGGGAAAAUUUUGAGCAGUAUUGGAAUGAACCCAAGGUCAUUCGGCAAUCAGAACUAUAUUCUAGAAAUCGCCGCGGUGCUGUAAAUGCUCCUGGACCAUCUACUCACACAGGCGGAUCCAUAACAUAUAUUGAAUGGUCAGAUAAAUUGGGAAAAGAAUUGGGUCGAAAGCCAACUCCGACUGAGUUGUUUGUCCAUACUCACACUCGAAAGCAUGACAAGGAGACUUUUGUGGAUAAAAAAUCUAAGAAGAUACAUGAUGCUAUAGUAGCUAGGAGGGAGGAGCUAACGCAAAUCACGCCCGACAACAUCAAUGAGAACCAACUUUACUUAGAUGUUGUCGGAGGUGGCGAGAAGAGAUGA